AUGGCGUCGCAAAAUAAUGUCUCACAUGCAGAACUAUGGGACGAUUCUACACUUGUAGACUCGUGGAAUGAAGCCCUACAAGAAUAUGAGAAAUAUCACAGUAUCCAUGCUCGAGGAGAGAAAGUUGAGGAUGUGUUGAACGCGUUCGAGAAUCAAAGUAAUGGAUUGCAAGUUUGUCUCCUCCCGACCAUUAUGAUAUUGCUAACCUUUUGUAGGGAAGGGGAGAUAAAUGAGAAUAAUGGAGAAGGUGUUGAAGAACUGCUGGAAGAAAAUAUUGUCAUGCAAAGCGAGUUUGAGCAAACCAAUGAGCAAACCCAAGCAGGACCUAAAGUUGGUGACAAACCCGCACCAAAGGCGGCCAUGUCUGGUUCUUCAUCCUCAAAAGCUCCAACACUACCACCACAGUUAAUUGGCCAAGUUCACGAUGAAAAUCUUAAGAAUUUAUUGAUGUCUUGGUACUAUGCUGGCUACUAUACUGGAUUGUAUGAAGGCCAACAGCAAAAGCAAGAACCAAGUAAGGGUACGUAA